CGCGUGAUGGUGGGCGUGGGUCGUCACGCCUUUUAGGGAACUGUAUUUGUUUUAGCUUGGUUAUUUAGUAGACGUUCACUCCGGCCGUCACGAAUCCCCCUUCGUAGGAGGAGGUGGGGGGGGGAGACUUUAGUUUUUUAAGACAGCUUCAUUGAAAGGCAGAAAAUCCGCAGAAGAAAGGGGUUACCUAUUUAAUUUCUGCCUACCCUAUUGCUGUUAUAAAGGCACAAGUACUCCUCGCAGCGCUGCUUCCCACUUCACCUGGAGGAAGGAGUAUAGCUGAUCUUGCUCCUGCUCCUCAGGUUACUUUAGAGCAGAAGUCUUUAACCUUUACAGGAGCUAUCUAGGACCCAGCAGACACCAGGGGAAAAAAAUUCGGGGAGGAGUACAGAAGAGGCAAAAAUAUUUCUAGUGGCACGCUGAACCUUUCCUUGAGCUUCUGUGUGGAUCAUGGCAUGAAAUGGCUCGAUCUAUGAUAACCAUUGGCCUUGGUGUUGCAGCUGUUGCUUUUGCUGGUCGUUAUGCGUUCCAGCUCUGGAAACCACUAGAACAAGUCAUCACAGAAACUGCAAGAAAAAAUUCAACUGCUAAUCUUUCUUCCUAUUAUAAAGGCGGAUUUGAACAGAAAAUGAAUCAUCGAGAAGCUAGUCUUAUUUUAGGCAUAAGCCCGUCUGCUGGCAAGGCCAAGAUUAGAACUGCUCACAGACGAAUUAUGCUUUUGAAUCACCCUGAUAAAGGUGGCUCUCCUUACUUAGCAACAAAAAUCAAUGAAGCAAAGGACUUCUUGGAAUCAAGCAAUAAACAUUAGGGCUCCUGGAUUUUUUUGAGAAAUGCAAAACGUUUUAUUAACAUCCAGGAAACAUUGUAGGCCAUGCAAUGGCUUCUUCUGUAAGAACCUUCUUGUUUGGUAUUGGAUGACAAUGUUGGAUAUAGUCUUCAUCUGCAGUUUAUUAUUAAAGUUCAAGAACACUUGAAGUUGCGGUUUCAGGUUUUUAAUAAUACAAUUCGUUUUCUACAUUCAAAACCUCACUUGUGCCAUUCUUGUAGGAAAGCACAUUUACAUGGAUAUUAAACACCUUUGCUCCCUCAGUGCCACUUACAUCUGCCCCCAGGAGCCAAAACUGUCUAAGACAUCAGCACUGGCAGCCUCUCCUAUGAGAUACUAACAUCUGGCUGCUCUGGCAGCUAUUUCCGCUGAGAUCUGCUGUGGCACAGAGCUUCAAAAGCAGAGUAGCAGGUAGAACAUAUGAGGGCUGGAAGAAAACGUAUCCAUCUUUGAACCUCUCUAGUAACUUGUCUGUUCUGAUGUAUUUUAAAUGUAUUAUAAGCCACCUUGAGGUUAGUAAGCAAGAUAUAAAUAUUAUACUUGAAGCAUAAUGUAAUCUUGCAAAAAAAGUUACAAGAUCGGUGCUAUCACUUUUCAUUGUCUGUAAAGCAUAAGGACCUCCUUCACAUUAUUUCUGUAUUAUCCUUUAAAGGGAGUGACAGUUGCACCACUGUGCAUCAUGGAUAAAGUGUGAACUUAGACCUGAUUUCUCUUGCUAUGAAGCUCGUAUCCCUGGGUGGCCUUAACCCAGGGGUGGGUGCUUGAGAUCAGGGGGCCAAAUACUACAUUCCAGACUUCUGUGUCUGGCCCUUACCAUUGGAACCCUCCUGAGACCACAAUCUUCACUACUCCUGCUCCACACCCUCUUCAGUUGUUUUUCCCUGACUAGAAUGUGCCCUUGAACUGUGAUAAUGAUCUUACUUGUUUGGAUGGAAGAUGGAGAAGGGUGUGUGUAGAGGUAGAACCCAAUGACUUGUGUGGUUGAAAUAUAGCCUAAUAUGCAAAGGCAACAGUUAGAUCCAUUGUUCCACCACAUUUCCCUCCCCCUCUCCAUCACUGGAAUGUGGAACAGGCCCUCGGCAUGUUCCCCACCCCUGGCUUGGGCAAAUCACUUUCUCUCGUCACAGUCUAACUGAUUGGGUUUUGAGCUCCCUAGAGGAAGAACCAGGAAACGUGCUUAAAUAAAAAGAUGAUAUCUUUACAUUUUAAGAUUAUCUCUAUUCUUUUGUUUAAUCCUUUGGUGUGGCGUAAGAGAUGUGUUACCUAUGUCACUCUUUCUGAACUCCCCCUCCUUUUUUUUUUCUUUAAACUUAUUUCUUCUGCGGACCCCAACUGAACACCAGCAAUCUCGGAUAAUGUUAAAAUACCUUUGUACAUGCAUGAAGGAUUUGUAGACUGUACUAAUUCCUACACUGACAUUUGCAGAGAAAUAGAGCAGGAUCUCUGACAUGCAGAGCCUCCCUCCUCAAGCCACACACAGGUAAACACAAGAACAAAGCCUCAGGUCUUCUGAACUCUCCUUUUGGCAUGCUUUGGUUACCAUGACUCAUUAACUAGGCCUUGGAGUGCAACUAUCCACUAGCAUAUCUACCUUUUUAUCUAAAUGCUAAUUUAUCUUUCACUCAUUAUUUUUAAGACAUACUUGAAAUGUUACCAAAUUCUUGCUAAUGUUGAUUGUUCUAAUAUAUUUUUCAUAUGCCUGAAAAUCAUUUACCUUCUGAAAAAAGUUACCUUCUGUGUGUUUUUGUAUUUUUGUAAAAAUCCAAACACGUGUAAGUUGUCUUGUUUUAUUCAGUCUGUGAUAUUUUUUUGCCUCAAUGUCUGUUCUUUAUUUGCCUUAAAAGUACUUUUAAAUGAAUACCUGAAAAUCUUAAAUGUUCAUUGAAGAUUUGAUUUACUUUUCACUAAUGUGGCAGGUGUGAGAGGAAAAGUGAAUUUUCUUUGUCCUUAGUGGAAUCUGUAUGUGAUCUGGCCUGUUGCCCAAAAGCAAAAUUGCCCUGGUAGGCAAUGAAAAUGUUCUCUUGACUGAGUUUAUGAGCUAAUGAGAGUUGCUGUUUCUCUCUGAAUGCUCUUGUUGCUGAGGAAAAUAAUUUAUGAAAGCUCACAUAAAAUUUUUAAUGGAAACAUAAAUACAUGUAAAACUGCUAAUACUGCUUUGUACUUUGUAAAUUAACCUGCCCUUUGCUGGUGUUAUUCCCUUCUCCUUGUUCUGUGUUUUUUGCCUUCUUGUGUUUUACUUAACUGUGGCUGUCCACCCUAGUAUUUCUGACUUCCUUUUGAAGGUUGGUAAUGAGUUCCCCCCCUCUUAUCUAUUUUCCAAAUUUCCUUUAGAUUAGGCUAGAUUUUAGAUUACAAUAGAUUACAAGGUCUCCAUGUAUCCUUGUUAGAAGCUAGAUUUUAUUAAUCUAAAUGCCUAUGACAUGAGGAUAAAGGAAACAUGGGCUAAGUGUAAAUUCUGAGGUUCUUUUCAACUCCACUUCUUCAAAAUGAGAAAAACAUCAAACCCAAAGUAACGACUGUGGGGACAGGAGCAUUAGACUACUGUAGGUGUUUCCUUUUCUCCAUGCUACUAACUAAAUCCUAACUAAGCAAUACUUAAAUCAUAACCACUAAACCCAAUGAAAGAUGGGCAGAUAGACAGCUCUAAUCCAUGUAUUUGACUUCCAUGAUUGAGCACUGAGCACACAUUUAAUAGUGUGUGAAAGGAGGGAUUUCAGCAGGUGAAGUUUUUUCUCAUUCCUACAAUUACCUCUUCUUUACAAAUAUUAAAGGUAAAGGCACCUUGUCCUAUUCUGUCUGAUAAUGACAGCCUGCCCCUUGGUAGGAAUUAGUAACCGGAAUAAUUAUCCUAUUAUUCUGGCAUUUAAGCUGCCUAUUAUUUUCCAGACUUAUCAAAAUAGCAGUUUUUAUCUAUACAGCCCUAAUAAACUGCAUCUUUUUGUCCCAUCACAAUUUCUCAACAUAAGAAUACCUUCUUAACUAGCCUUUCCCACACUUGGGUCCCUGGAUGUUGUUGGACUACAAUUCCCAUCACCCCAGCCAUCAGGAAUGAUGGGAACUGUGAUCCAGCAACGUCAGGGACCAUCCAUCAAGAGCUCCAUGGAGAAACUUCUGCGAUAGCUGCUGCAUCACUGUUAAGCUAUCGUGGAGAGAGUCUGAAUAUCUUUCAGAAAGAUUGCAUGCUCUUUUAUUUUGAUUUUUCUUAGUCAUGGUUUUCAGUCUGAUUUUGGAAAUGGACUGCCUUCAAGUCGAUCUGACUUAUGGUGACCCUAUGAAUAGGGUUUUCAUGGUAAGUGCUAUUCAGGAGUGGUUUACCAUUGCCUUCCUCUGAGGCUGAGAGGCAGUGACUGGCCCAAGGUCACCCAGUGAGCUUCAUGGCUGUGUGAGGAUUCAAACCCUGGUCUCCCAGGUCCUAAUCCAACACUUUAAUCACUACGCCACACUGGCUCUCUGUCUGAUUUUACAGGACACUUUUUAAGCUGCAGUCCUGUGCACAUUUGGCUGUGAGUAAGUCCUAUUGACGUCAGUGGGGCUUGCUGUUGAGCAGACACACCCAGUAUUAUAUUGUACAUGAAGACUGGUGUAGCAUAGUUUGAAUCUUGCAUGCACUCGGCAAGUAGUCUUAAGUGAGCAACCUUCAGCUUUAGCUGUCCCCCACCAUCUGCAAUAUGGGGAUAUCAAAACUUCCCUACCUUACAAGAAUAGCAAGAUAAAUGUUAGAGAAGAUUCUCAAGUGUGACAUACUAAGUAAUAGUGAAUGUGCUGAUGCUAUUGUGCUGCUUUAAAAUCACAAGCAGUUCUUAAACCUAGGAGCGAAAUGGGAAUAAAUUUGAGAAAGUCAGCCUGGCAAGCAACUCUUCAAAAUUUAGGAUUGUAGUCUUUGCAGAUCUCAAAACAAAACUGAAUCUUACAAAGAAUUGUGAAAGUGCAAAGGACAACACUGAAGCUGGAGAUUCAGCAGCACAGUGGGGGAAAGUGUUAAGCCAGAAAAUCUGUUUCCCUUGCGAUUACAAUAUAGCCACUGUUUUGUCUCAAUUUCAAUGAGAAGUGCAGAGACCCUUUCUGUUUAAUUAGGAAAUGUGGUCUGUAAAGAAACCAUUGGCCUGAAAUGAAAAGAAAAUGCCUGUUAGAUGUCAUGACAUGAGCGGCCUAGUUAGCGGAACUUAGCAGCCAGUCAGUCAGUAAACACUCAGUCCUUCCUUUGGUGGGAAUCACUGUUAAGUGUAAAUUGCUUUAGGGGACAAAUUGAUUCAGUAAGUGAGGUGUGAAGAUUUGAGUCCUAAGGUUACUGACUGUGGUUCAAGUUCUUUCAAUUAAAUGAUGGAAUACAAUGUUUUUCCUACAAGCACAAUUUGAGGCAACAGUACAUUUAUUUGUGCUGAACCUAAGUUCUUACAGAAAAAAUAUUUUGAGCUAAUUAGCUGGUAUUUCUCUAUUGAUUUCCCUAGUUAAACAUAAACUGUUUGGAGAUUGUGUUGCAUUUCACCUCACCUUCUGACUAGGCCAUUGAACUGGGAGUCUUAUCAGGCCACCCCUAUAUAUUUAAGAUUGUAGAGGUAGCCAGUUCAGACUGACUUAAAAUCAUAUGAUCCCUUAAUAGUAUUGGGGGAGUUUAUUUACCUUCUGGUAUUUGUGCCUUCAGGAACAACAUUUAGAAACAGAGAGCUGAGUGGAGUAAUGGUUUCACUUAAGGUACCCUUUCUGCAUCAACCUAUUUGCAAGUUACAACGUAUUCUUGAAUAUCCCAAGGCACUUUCAAUUUACACAACACUGGUGAAGUCCAAUAGUGUACAGUAGUUGUAAAUUCAGAAGUGCAGAGUCCCUUCAUGAUAGACAAAGCCAUGCCCCCUUUUUUGCUGCUUGGUGGAGAAUGAGACCCUUGUUAAUGCCUUUUUCCACAAUAACAGAUGUCCCCAGGAGUCACUAAGCAUGUGUGGUAGGAUUUACAAUUCCAUGCCUUUAUGAUUUGCUCCAGGGAGAAAGGUGUCUUAUGGGCCUCAAGUUAGCUUCAGUCAUGCUGCUUGCAAAGCCUCAUAUUAAAGCAAUAUAAUGCAGCUUACCUAAAAAUGAAACUAAGCUAAGAGAUAGGGAACAGGGAAGUUGCGAAAGAUCUAAAGCCUGCUGUUUAGAGAUGCUUGGUUUAAAUGCAGAUCAUGGUUAUGUUAGGUGCGUCUGAAGAAAUAUUUCACAUCUCUGGUUGUAAACCCACCGGGUAGGAGAUCUUAGGAUGAAGUGAUUGAACUGCCCAAUAUGGGAAGAUAGGCAGGUAACCACCUGACACAUGGAUAGGGCAGGGUCUAAACAGGUAAAGUGAACCACCCAGAAUAGGUCAGAAGGUGUAUGAUACUGCUAAAUAUGGUAAUAACGUAUGCUUUUGGGUUGGGAUAAAUGUAUAACGUGUAAUCCCUUUAUACAUCUCUGCUUGGUUUCUUUUGGGCAGAGAAGGUUCUUCGUAGCCUCUCUCCCAAUGAUCAUUGGUCUGUAUCUUUCAAUAAACUCUGUCCUUUGGAGCACAAUAAA